ACGAGACAAACCGCUGACAGACAGCAGACCCACCGUUCAUGUCAGAGUGUUGAACAGGAUCUGCGUUGACGCUGACGGUCUGCUCCAUAUCUCCAAAACUGCAGCUGCUGCCUUGAAGCCUAGAGAGCCACCGCUUCAAUCUCUCACAGCCAUGGCUUUCUGCAAACUACUCACUCUGCUGGUACUGAUCCACAACAUUGGAGGUUUGUCUGGAGCUGAGGUGGGGAACUGCAUAGUCGGGGGGCGUGAUGCUGAAAAGGGCAGCUGGCCAUGGAUGGUCCACCUAAACAUCACAUCUGAUGGCAAAACCAAGUGGCGCUGUGGUGGCACCAUCCUCAAUAAUCAGUGGGUGCUGACAGCUGCACACUGCUUGGAUGCAAAACUCAAGCCUAAUUAUCGUCGAUCGAUGGUUUGGGUUGGCUCGCAUAAGCUGCAAAAGGGGUCUGCUCGUUACAUGGCUAUAUAUUCCGCCGUGCUUCACCCUCAGUACCAAGCUGUGGGCAAUGGUUACGUCAAUGACAUUGCCCUGAUCAAGCUGACGAAAAAGCUGACAUUCUCCGAUGACGUUCGUCCAGUGAGUCUACCCAGUGUUGACGACACCUUCGGCUCAUCAUCUGAGUGUUGGAUCACUGGCUGGGGGAACGUUGAGAAAGAUGUUCCUCUGCAGGAUCCAGAAACCCUUCAGGAGGUGAAGAUUCCCAUCAUCUCUCAGAGCGUGUGUAAGACGCAGUAUCCUGACCUGUCCUCUGACAUGCUCUGUGCAGGGGACAUGGCUGGGGGGAGGGGUGCCUGUGAAGGAGAUUAUGGUGGCCCACUGGUGUGUAAUAGACCCAAUGGCUAUGUGCAGGUGGGAAUUAUGAGUUAUGGGAGUUGUGCUCUGCCAGGCCGCCCUGGUGUCUAUAUCCAGGUGUCCAAGUAUCUGCGCUUCAUCAAUGACUACAUCCACCACGCUGAGGAAGCCUCCACUGAGGUCUAAACUUCCCAGACGCUGAAGCUGACCCAUCUACUCACCUGGCAUGCCACCUUACUCUUUAAGGCUUCUCUCCUGUGUGUCAGACCAUGUGGUCCUUUAUGCUGAUUAACAUAUAGUCUGGUUCAACUAAUUUGUUUGCAUUAAAGCUUUAAAGCAUUGA